GCAGUCAUCACUUCAUUAGUCAAAUUCGAUAUCCUUAUACACAUAUAUAAUUAUAAAUUAUUUAACAAAUAAUUAUUAUACUAUCAUUACUAUCCCUAAUAAAUUGUGUAUUAAUAUUUUUGUUUCAUUUUUUAAUUUAUUUUCUAUAAUAAUAUGUCAUUAUGUCAAUAUUUCUAUAGUACAGAAUAGAUGAAAUACCUAUAGAUAUCUACACUCAAUAGAACGACUAUCAGCCAGUGGCCACUCGUGACUCGUGAGUACUCAAUGUGUCGAUAGUCGAUACUCAAUACCUACUCUAUAAAAUAAUAAUUAAAUAUUCAUCAAUUUUUUAUGAACUAUCAAUUUAAUUAUUAUUACUUUAUGAUUUAUGUCUUUGUUAUGAUGGGCCUUUGCAGCUGUAGAUAACGUUAUCAAUAGCAAUCACUAAAAACAGCUGAUGGUAGUAUUAAGUUCUAUGGAGGCCAUAGAGUAAUACUAAUUACUCUAUGAUGGAGGCACAGCUCAUGGAGGUAGUGAGUUCUUUGAUCUCAGAGCAAGUCUAGAGGUCAGCCUUUCAUUGUCUGUGGUUCAGAUUUAAAGGCAAAUAGCUUUUUUUGAGAAUGAUAAAUAUAAAUUUACUGUAGAAAAAUUAAUUUUGUUGAAUCUCUAAGAUAAUCAGUACUAAUUGACAAAAUAUGUGCCAAAUUUAUUUUAGCGGCUAGGUUAUAAUAUAGCUAAUGCUCUUUAAUGUUUAAAGUGUAAGUUUCAGCCACUUCAGAGAUAGCAUUUCAUAUUUUACCUAUAUUUCCAAUAAAUUUCCAACAUAACGUUAAAUUUCUGAUUCGUUUUUUAGUUAAACAAAAAAUGAAAAGGUAUUUACAUCGUGGUCUCAUUAUUAAAUAUUAAUUUCUAAAAUUAAAAUAUGAAAUAAUAUUUUUAUUUUUUCACUUGCUACGGAUUUGGCACCCAUGCUCUACUAGGCUACAACGAUAUCGCAACGUGGACAACACAUUCCAGUCUUAGAUCUAAGAUUCCAGUAAACUGAGUAAACAAUAAAUGGAAGAUUGUCUUUAUAUGUUUCGAACCGUCGGUCUUAUCAAUAGAUAAUGUGACGUCACUACUAUUUAUGCCUAUAGCAGUUGGUUGUCCACGUGCUCUUACUUCCUGAUAGCGCAUAACUUGUAAACGAAAAUCGUGAGUUAGUACUAUUAGCUGGUAGCUACUUACUAAUUACUAUAGGCUUAAAGCUUAUGCUACAGUUUGGUGUCCACUGCUCCACUACACCGUCUAACUGCCAACGCGAUGUCAAACGUGGACGUUUUGGAACAAUUGCAGCUAGUACUCAGGCCUGACAUGUUGGACCGGCGGAUCGUGUGCAUCGAGGAGACUGACACUGCUAAGGCAGACGUGAUCCUAUCGUUUUACAUGUGGUACGUGUUCACCAAAACCGAUCGGCCCGUGUGCAUGGUUGGUGUCCGGGACACGUACGGUCACUACCAGAACCUAGGCGUGAAGUUCCAUUACAACCUGCUAUCGAUGUACAAUCAGAAGCGAUUUGCGUUCAUCGAAUCCGCCGUGUCCGUUGACAGCCUGGUCGACUGCGCGAAAGAGUUGUUGGAUAAGCACCCCACCGGCUUUGUUUAUAUGGUGGUGGACGACAUUAGUUCACUGUUGCUGUUGGGUGUAAAGUUUGAAGACAUUGUUGGAUUCCUGGCGUUUGUUAAGCGCCAACCUCGCCUAUACUUUGUGUUUGGCUGUUGGAAACACAAGGCAGACGAAUCAGCUAAGAGGUUAGCAUCUGCUGUAUCGCAUCUAUCAGACAUCAGGGUGUCACUGGCACCAUUAGUCACAGGGUUUUCAAACACUGCAACAGGCACUAUGAGGAUCACUACUCAUGAAUCAUUCUACCGCAUAGACGAUGUGUCUUACCUGUACAAAUUGGCUGAUAAUGGUCUCAAGUUAACAUUAAAUUCAGGCACUGCCAGAUAAAAUCAUUAAGUUUUUAACAUUUUAUAAACUGUUAUAAAAUGAUAUGAUACGUACUAUUUGUAUAAAAUUAAUAUAUAUAUAUAUUGUAAAUAAAUAUCAACUAACAAUAA